AGGAUUCACCUAGAUUUGGGCUAUUUCACACGAAUCCACUCCGAUUAAUUAGACAAAUCUAAUUUUUUAGUGCUAUUUUACACUGAGAGAUGGCGGGAUUAUUCCCAUUUAUUCAAAGUGCAUAUUAUAAACAUUCAAGAUGUCGUCUGCGUUGGAAAACUUGGAAAAUCAGCUCGAGAAUUUUAUCGAGAAUGUCAGGAGAAUUCGCAUUAUUGUUAGUGAUGUUCAGCCACAGGGGCAGACGGUCCUCAAUAGUAAGAUACAAGGUCUCGUAACAGGACUCCAGGAAAUUGAUAAACUUAAAUCUCAAGUUCAAGAUGUUCAUGUGCCACUUGAAGUCUUCGAUUACAUCGAUCAAGGCAGAAAUCCUCAGCUUUACACUAAAGACUGUAUCGAGAAGGCACUGACAAAGAACGAACAGGUUAAAGGAAAAAUAGAUGCCUACAGAAAAUUCAAGGCAAAUAUGCUCGUCGAAUUGAAUCGUGUCUUCCCGAACGAAUUAGCCAAGUAUCGACAGAUUCGUGGGGAUGAAUGAACCUCUCCUGGCAAAAUUAUUACCAUACAAUAACCUCUACUUUACGAGUAUUUAUAAUUAUUUACGCAUAAGUUGGAAAAUUAAUUCGCAUUAUGUAAUAAUUUUCAUAUCGAAGGACAAACCGUGAAUAAACUAUUUCAUACAAAAUUGACAA